AUGACGCCAGGCCAGGUCUGGCAUUUGGUCGUCUUCGUUUUACGUGUCCUCUUGAACAGGCCGAAGGCAGACAAGAAGAAGUUUCGAAGGGCGAAGAGUGCCUUCCACUUUUUCAUGGCCUCCGUGGACUUUGCCGACAGGGCCAGCACAGUGAGCGAGCGCAACAAGUAUGCCGCGGGCCUUUGGAAAGGCUUGAACCCAGCGGAGAAGCGUCCGUUCCUUGAGCAGCACGAGGCCGCGAAGAAGGCCCUUGCACAGGCCGGUGCGGAUGCAGUGGACGACGAGCUGCUUGAUGCUUCCGAGUGGGAGGAGCGUACCUCCCAGCUCGUGAUUUUCCAGACGCCGCCUGGUUCCAGCAUCAAGCCAGAAAGGCAGCUGGCCGCUGUCUGGGCCCCCGCCGACGGCAAUCCGCUCUUGGCGCAGCACUGCGGACCAUGUGCAAGGAUUUACUUCCCCGUCGUCACGCUCAUGUCCUGUCCACGUUGCAGAAAGUCCCUGCAGAAGGUGCAAUGGGAUUCUGAAAGCCAGGUGUUUCGCGUGGAAGCUUCUACAAUGCUCCUGCCUGGGACCCUUGCCGACCUACCCAAGGACAACAGCGAGGCCGAGGAGCGGUAUGGCAAUGAAGUCAUCGUGCCAAAGCAUGUCAGCAAGGAGGUUAAGAAAUGGACGGAUCGUGGGUUCCAGUUCAGCACGGCAGCACUGACUUUGUUGUGUAAGUCCGCGGAAGAGUUUGCGUCCCUCCAGUUCGUGCGUGGCGAGCAGGCGGCAACUCACCGCAAAAAGAAAACGUUGACACUGGCAGACAUGAGAUUCGGUUCGCGCAUAUCCGAUGCAGCCUGCAUGGGCAAACUUCUCCGUGCACGUCAGAAGGAGGCCCAGCUACCGGAUGUGCCAGAGAGCCAACUCACAGUGCCCGCCUUGUCAAUCCAAUUUUCACGUCGACACCAUGAUGCCUGGUGCUGCAAGGUGCUGGAGCUCCGAGUCCGCCUGUUCAAGCUUGGCAAAAGCUUCACGGGGAGCAAGCUUGAGCUGAUCCAGAGGCUGUUGGAGCCACCAGAGGACACGCAUGGGAUUUGA